GAAGUUAUAACCAAAUCAAAAAAGAAAGUUAAACAUGAAAAUGAAUUAAAUUUAGAUUUACCCAGAAAGAGAUAUUAUAGACAACGAGCUCAUUCCAAUCCAUUUUCCGAUCAUAGAUUAGAUUACCCUCGAUCUCCCUCCGAUAUGGAUUGGUCCAAAUUAUAUCCUAAUACUUUUGAUACUCAUAAAGUUGAAAUUGCUGAUAUUGGAUGUGGAUAUGGUGGAUUAUUAUUAAAGUUAAGUCCUGAAUUUCCACAAAGUUUAAUCUUAGGAAUGGAAAUUAGAGUUCAAGUGACUCAAUAUGUUGAAGAUAGAAUCAUUGCGUUAAGAAAGACUCAUGAAAAUCAAUAUCAAAACAUUGCUGUAUUAAGAUCAAAUGCUAUGAAAUUCUUACCAAAUUUCUUUCAAAAGAGUCAAUUAUCAAAAAUAUUCUUUUGCUUUCCUGAUCCCCAUUUUAAACAAAGAAAACAUAAAGCUAGAAUCGUUACUAAUACCUUAUUAUCAGAAUAUGCGUUUGUGUUAAAGGAAGGAGGAGUGAUUUAUACUAUUACUGAUGUGGAAGAUCUUCAUAAUUGGAUGGUUCAACAUCUUGAUGAACAUCCUUUAUUUGAAAGAUUAAGUAAAGAAUGGGAAUCAACUGAUAAAUGUGUUGAUAUAAUGUUUAAUUCAACUGAAGAAGGUCAAAAAGUUACUAGAAAUAAUGGUAGUAAAUGGAUUGCAUGUUAUAAAAGAUUACCAACCCCUGAUGAUUGUGAAUAGAAUAAAACAUCUAGUUAAUAUAUAUAUAUAUAAAGACAUAGUACAUUAAAAAUCAUUGUAGAAUAAUUAGUGAUAAAUUUAUUGAAAUUUAUACAUA